GCCCCGUCUGCCCCACCGCCGGGCCUCCGGCCUCCGCGCGAUAUAAAAAAUAAAAAAAAAUAAAAUUAAAAAAUGAAUGAACCAGACCAUGGAACAUCCUUUACAACUCGUAGGAUUAAUGAUGUAGAAAACCUGGUGGUUCCUGUGGGAAAUGGUCUUUGCAGCCGGAAGUAUAAACCUGUUGACUACAAACUUCUUUAUGAACUCACUGCUAUUGAAAAAAAGGCAUCCAAAAAAAUUCAAUUAAAGAUUAAAAAAACAGAGCAAGAUUCAAAAAUUAGCAAAGAGCAAACGCUGCUGAAACAGCAUCGGCAGGUGUGGUGGCAAGAGCAUAAAAGGCUGAGUGAGAACAGGCAAAAAGCAGAAGAAGAAAUAAAGACUUUCCUUGAUGAAGAAAGCCAUAAACAUGACUUCUUUUUGGAUAUGAGGGACUUGGAGCAAAAAUUAUCAAAGGAACAAGACAGAUAUCAAACAGAUACCAUAGUUCCUAUCUGGCAACUACAAGAGAAUUUGAAAUUCAGGCUGUCUGAAAUGCGGCGUUACCUCUCAGAAGAAUCUUGUCUGAAGUCUAAGUUCAAUCCAGUUGAGAUGUUACAGCAGAUUAAAUUUGUGAAGAAGCAGCAGAAGGCAAUUUUGGAAUCCCUUAUCCUUGAAGGUCUUGCUUUGGAAAGAGAGCUUGAAGACUAUAAAACAAAAGCAUUAGCACGUUCCUUUGAAGAGAAACAGGAAAUUUUCCUUGAAGUUCCUCCAGCACUACUGUCUUUGGAAUACCCCUACCCUGAUUUGAAGAUCUUAGUUAUCAAUGAAUACCAAAAGCUUGCAAGUGGGUACUGGUCUAAGUUUCAAGAGAUUGACCAACAGUUAACAGUUUUCUCUAGGGACGCUGAGUGGACAGAAGAAGAUCGGUGGGUUUUUCAGACUGUUAUCCAUCAAUAUUCAAGAGAUCUUCAGAGGAGGAGAACCUUGUACCUCGACGCCCUGCAGAGAUACCUUCCUCACAAAUCUAGGCAAGAGCUGGUUGCUUAUGAGAAAGCUUGGCACCGUUGCUGUCUCUUCAGGGAUCAGAGCAGGGCCUUGUUGUGUGGCUGGGCUCAGGCCAGGAAGGGCUUUGUGCUGAAGGCGGCGGCAGCUGCUGCUGAAGCCUCUGCUGCUCGUGAGGCCCAGGUGGAGCUGGCUAACACCAGACAAAGGCAGCAGGAGAUCUGUGCCGACCUGAAGGCAAAGGUUGUGCAGUGGAAAGCACAGCAGAAAGAGGCUGCUGAACUGGAAGCUGCUGUAGCUGCCAGAAGAAAAGAAGAGAAGGAUGAGAAAGAGAGGCUACAGAAAGAGCAGGAAGUGAUUCGUAGAGCUCAGGAGAAAGAGAAAGUGAAGCAGUACUGGGCUGAGAAACAGCUCAAGUGGCAAGAACAGGAAGAGGAAGAUCUGCGACGUCUGGAGGAAUUAAGAAGAUUAUUGGCUGAACAAGCAGUUAAAGACAGAGAGAGGGUAAAGUUCAGACAAGCAGUACUAGAAAAGCAGUUGCUGGAGAAAAAGGAACAGGCCCUUCGAGCAGCACGUGAGGAAGAGGAGAAGGAGAAAUGCCUUGAAGCCCUCCGACAGCAGGUUGCCGUGGUUGCAAAGUCUGAUCCCGCUCGAGUAGUGGCUGAUACGGUGGCAUCUAAAGCUCGGAUGGGUGUUGGAGCCAAAGAAGACUUUGAUCUUCAGAAGCCACUGUUUAAGUUGCACACAUACAAUGAACAGCAGAUCAUUUCUGACCCUAGACUUCGUGUUGAGCUAGCUCUUCGAGAAGCUGGACUUCUUAAAUCACUUUAUGCAAAAGAGGUUUUACCAAAGAUCCCUCCACUGAAGCUUCCAAGAAGAGAUAUGGAAUCUACAGGUUUUAAAAUGUAGAGCGCUCUUGUGUCAGGAGUGGAGAAGCUUCGGGGUGUUGUCAGGCCUGGAAUGAAAACUUUAAAUAAAUUUCCCUUAGGUUGUAUCUUAGAACUAUUUGGUUCUCAGUCUGUGCAGUCAUUCAAAAAACCAACCUGUCUUUCUCAUGUGGUGCUGCACCAUUUCACACCUGCCCUGGUGAAGGUUUUGUGGAGCUUUGGUGGGUUUUGGCUGUUGUGGUGUGAUUUCUCAUGUCCCUUCCUGCAGGGAGACAGCACACCUGUGCAUGGAGGGCUCCUGCAGACAUUGCAGGCCAGUCUCAUCUGUGGCAGCCUGGGCAGGAGCCCUGGUUUUAACUGCCAGCAUGAAUCCCAAACAGCUUUGCAGAACGGUCACUUCGGGUUAUAUUGUGCUACAUUCAUAAAUCCCACAGCUUUCAU